GCAGCAGAGAGCAGCAGAGGGCAGACUGAGUCUCCACGGUUCUCAUGGUGUGUUUAAGUGUCUUACUGUGAAGCAGGAAAAAAACACUCGCUGUCAACGGCAACGUUACGACGCUACUUUGAAUAGUAAAACAACAACAACCCUGACUAAAAUGGCAGAAGUGGCUCCCGCUGCACCCGCUGCUCCCGCCGCGGCCAAGGCAACCAAGAAGAAGUCCGCCAAACCCGCCAAGAAGUCCGGUCCUGGAGCCGCCGAGCUGAUCCUGAAGGCUGUGGCUGCGUCCCAGGAAAAGAAGGGCAUUUCCUACGCGGCCCUGAAGAAGACACUCGGCUCUCAGGGCUUCGAUGUGGAGCACAAGUCCGCUCUGAUUAAACGCGCGGUCAAGAAACUGGUCGCCAAAGGAGACCUGGUUCAGGUGAAGGGAAACGGAGCUUCAGGUUCUUUCAAGUCCAAGAGUUCUGCUGCCGUGAAGCCAAAGAAGCCCGGGCAGGAGAAGAAGGGGAAGGUGUCCGCAGCCAGUGUCAAGAAGACGGCGACACCUAAGAAAGUGUCCGCUAAGAAAGUAACAACGGUCAAGAAGCCCAAGCCCGCCAAGUCCACACCGAAGAAGACCGCGAAGAAGGCUCCAGCUGCCAAGAAAGCCCCCAAAAAGGCGACAAAGAGCCCGAAGAAGGUCGCGAAGAAGACGGCGACACCAAAGAAAGCUCCAAAGAAAGUGUUGAAAGCAAAGAGUCCCAAAGGGAAGAAGGCGGCAGCUAAGAAACCAGCCAAGAAGUAAAAGACUCUACAGCUUUUGUUUUUCUAUCUGCCAAACACAACCAAAAGACUCUUAACCGUCGACUUAUUUUCGACCUUAUUUUCUUAAAUGUCCGUGUUGUGUUUGAAAUGUUUUAAAUUGUGAAGUUUAUUUUUACUUUAUUUACCAAAUGCACUCUAUCCGUUGUAGUGAAAAUGUCUAAAGAUUGUAAAUAUUGUAUUCUGUGAGUUUUGUCUACUUUGUGGUUUUGCAUUCCACCCAACGAUGUUGGGCCAAAAUUUAUGACUCAAUAAAAAAAAAAGUUACUUUCAACAUA